AUGUCCGAGUCCACUACCAACCCUACGGGCAUAGCUCGUGCGCCAGAGAAGAAGAAUUUCUUUGCUACUUUCAAAGGCUAUUUGUCUAUCCUAAAUCCUAGGAAGCUCUAUAGAGGGAGAAGAGUGAGUCCGAAUGAAGGUGAUCAGGUACGGGAGAAAUUGGAGUCGGUUAAGCGAGAAGAGGAGCUGGCGGGCUCGGAUGGUGCGGAGGAAGAUGGUUCAGCGUCUACGCAGGAAGGAACUGGCAUCCUUCCCGCAAAGCCCAAAGUUUCUGCACCCCCAGCUGCGCUGCUUCAAUAUGCCGCCAUUCUCCACGGUUCCCGGCGGCCACCAGUGACAGAUGUCCCUCAAAUCCCUAACACAUUAUACAAAGACCUUGAAGAUUCCGAAAGAACAGAGCUCCUGAAGUGGGUCACCCCCGUACCCUACGAGCAGCAGCAUAAAUACACAGCACACGCCCGCACCGACGGAACAGGCGCAUGGCUCUUCCAGAGCACCGCCUUCCGGGAAUGGCGGGAGUCCAGCACCUCCACUGUGCUCCGGCUGCACGGGAAACCCGGUUCCGGGAAGAGAACGCUCACGUCGCUGCUGAUAGAUGUGCUCCUCCUCGACCGCCAGACCCACGCCGGCAUUGAAGGGUUCGCGUAUUUUUACUGCGACCCGCGUGACAAGGCUUGUUGGGAUCCUGAUAUGGUGCUCAGGGCGCUGCUGGUACAGCUCUGCACCAAUGUUGAUGCUACGGCUGUCUACGGCGCUGUGUUCCGGGGAUGGAAGAAGGGAUACCUGCCGGCAAAGAGCUUGCUCGUAGAGCUGUUAGGAGUAUAUUCGCAGAACACCAUUGUCAUUUAUGGCGCUGGCUCGGCGCUGCUCGAGGUGCUGGAGGAGGCUGUGUUGGCUGCGAAGGGCGUAGUAAAGGUGUUUGUGGCCGGGGGAGAGGGUGCUUCGGGUUCAGAAGAGUCUAUGAAGGUGUUGCCGGUGAUGGCACUCGAGAUGGCGAAUGAAGAGGAUAUCGAUAUGCUUUUGGACGUUUCCAUAGGGAGCAGGAAGGACCUAGGACUCGCAGGGAAGAAUGAGGAAGUCAGGCAGCUGAUCCGUUCUACGCUGCGGACGAAGGCGAACGGAUGCUUCCUCUGGGUUGAUCUCCAGCUCAAGAUGCUCUCCCAGCUCUCAUCCAGUACCCUCGUCGAACAGUAUCUCCAGUCUCAAAACCUCCCCACCGACCUCGACUCCCUCUACGGGUACAUCCUCAGCGAACACACUGACACGCAGCCGGCAACAGAAAAGGACCUCGCCCACAGAAUCUCCCAAUGGCUGCUCUGUGCUCCCCGCGCUCUUUCCCCCGCAGAGCUGGUCGAGGCCACCAACGCCGCCGACAUCAACACCGUCCUCCGGGUGUGCCACAACCUCGUGGUAGAGGACCAUGAGGCCGGCGUCGUGCGAUUUGCGCACGCGUCAAUACAGAGCUUCUUGGAGCGCAAGAGCGGGGAAGUCUCACAGGCACACGAGAUGGGCGCCGAGCGCUGUCUUGACUACCUCACCGCCGAGCCCGACGUCGCUGCCGCCGUCGCCGCCCCGUUCGCGGCCUACGCAUCACAGUUCUGGGGACACCAUGUGCAGCAGCGCAGAGACAGCGAGAAGAUCAAGGAGCAGCUGUCGCGCUUUUGCGGGAGCACCGAAGAGCCGUCUCCGCAGUUUGUCUUCUGGCUCACCGACCCGCACAACGCGGUGACGCCGUCCCUCACCCCGCCGCUCAGUGUCCUUCCGGUGGCUUGUCACUUUGGAUUCCUAGAGCUCCUGGACCUGACGAAGCCGUUCGAUGCCAACACCCGCACCACCGCCGGCAACCUGUCGCUGCUCUCCUUGGCCGCCGGCGCAGGCCACACCGAGACCGUGCGCACCCUGAUCACGCAUGGGGCGAUGGUCAACGAGCCCGGCGGGGAAUACGGAUACGCACUCCACUACGCUGCCGCACACGGGCAGACGGAGGCCGUGCGGGUGCUGCUCGAGAACGGCGCAGACCCCCACCGCAUCGGGUGGAACACAGAAGCAGCCCUGGUGGCUGCAGUGCGGGGCGGGCACGAGAGCACCAUGAGGGUCCUGCUGGAGCGGGAUGCCGGGAGACAUGUGGAUGCUGCGUUUGUGGCGGCAGCGGGCAGAGAGGGGGCGAAGAUCCUCGGGGCCCUGAUUGAGGCGGGGCCGGAUGUAGGGGCGGGGACCGAGACGAUGUGGGCGGCGACCGAAGCGGCGGUCAGCGGAGGUGUGCCGGAGAACUUGGCGGUGCUCAUUCAGCUGUUGAAGACCCGGGGCCGCGAGGGCCGCGCGAUGGACGGGUUCGGCUCCCAUGCGGCCCGGGCGGCGGUGCGGGCGGGCUCGGUGGGGAUGCUGCAGAUCGUGUUUGACAUGCUCGGCAGCGCGGAUCUCGACCUGCACUCCCCCGUCUCCGGCAAGACCGCGCUGCAGCUUGCCCUCGAGGCCGGGUCGGCGCCGCUGUCCGACUUCCUCAUCGGCCGCGGGGCGCGGGUCGCGCGGCUCAGGAACCUGCUGAUCGGGCAGCUGCAGUGGGCGCGCGACGAGGCGUGGUUCCCGUCGCUGCUGUGGUUCCUGGGCACGCGCAGCUCGCUGGAGGAGCCCGUCCUCAGGCCGCAGGACGUGCAGGACGUGCAGGCGCUGCUGCUGAAGCUCACGAGGCUGCCGGAGAAGGCGGUGAGCAGGAUCCUGCAUCUGGGCGAGUACUGGGUCUACACGGAGGCGAGCCGGGAGGAGAAGUGGGAUGUGCACCAGCACCACCCGCAGCAGCCGUAUGUGCAGGUGCCGAUCGAGAGCUCGCUGGAGGCGCCGGUGAGGAGGAUAUCGUUCUGCAUGCGCUCGCACGAUCAGGGCUGGGCAAGCGAUCGGUCACUGUGGGGGACCUACGAUGGCUCCCACACCUGGUUCGAGGCCGGGCCCGUCGGAGACCAAACGGACGACAGGCGGAAGGUCGUCCAGCGGAAUCUCGCGGCGACGUGGGAGGCAAAGACACACACGGUUACGUGGGAUGCGGACGAUGCGGGGGCAGAGAAAUGGCUGCGGACGUUGAAGGCGGGACAGGCGCUGGGCGUCUAUCCGAGGGCGCUGUAUCCCGGGUGGGUGAAUCAUGUGGAGAGGGUGGAUGUGCGCGUGUAUUGCGCCUGGGCUUGA